CUCCAAUCAUCUUCCGCGGCUCAAAGAGCGAAGAGACGGUUGGGUAGAGGAGAGAGAUAAUAGCAGCAACUAACCAGUGGUUGUUAAGAAUAGUCCAACUGAGUCAAUGGCGAGUUGUCUUCCUUCCACUUCCCCUUCUUCCUUCUCUUGUUCUCAGAAAUCGAGUUUUAGGACUGGGAAAAACGUCUCUCUCCUCUUUUCAGAUGCUGAAAAGCGUUAUGUCUCAUGUUUUUCAUCCAAUAAAAAGCUCAACUUCAUGGACCAAAUUCUCGAUUAUAUUGAAGGGGGUCCAAAGUUAAGGAAAUGGUAUGGGGCACCAGAUAUCCUUCCAAAAGAUGGAUCUAUCUCAGAAGAUGAUGCAUCUCCAGAAGAAGAUGAAGUUAGGGAUGCAGUUCUAGUAACCGACGGAGAUAAUGAGAUUGGUCAGAUGGUAAUAUUAUCAUUAAUUGUCAAACGAAUCCGGGUUAAAGCACUGGUAAGGGAUAAGCGAGCAGCAAUGGAAGCCUUUGGUACUUAUGUUGAGUCAGUGGUUGGAGAUGUAAAGGAUGGGUCAUUUCUGAAGAAGGCUCUAAGAGGUGUUCGUGCAGUAAUAUGCCCAAAUGAAGGCUUCCUAUCUAGUGUUGAGAGCUUGAAGGGGGUGCAACAUGUGGUUCUACUAUCUCAGUUGUCUGCUUAUAGAGGUACCAGUGGGCUUCAAGCUAUGAUUAAUAGCACUGCAAGAAAACUGGCUGAGCAAGAUGAAACUGUGGUAAUGGCCUCAAAAAUCCCUUACACCAUCGUCAGAGCUGGGUUGUUGAGGAAUACUCCCGGUGGGAAGCAAGGUUUCAGCUUUGAGGAGGGUAGUGCAUCCCAGGGAAGUCUCAGCAAGGAGGAUGCAGCGUUCAUAUGUGUGGAAGCCCUCGAUGCAGUCCCACAAAGGGGAAUUAUAUUUGAGGUGGCUAAUGGUGAAGAGAAUGUUGUGGAUUGGAAGGAGUGCAUUGCAAAAUUGAUGGAGAAAGGAGAGUAGUAGCAUCUGUGAACGAACACGAAUGAGAGAUACAAAUGGUUCCUUACUUCUCAUUGUUGCCAAAUUUUUUAUUGGUAAGUGUACAGAAUUUGAAUUGGUAUUUUUGCAAUCAAAUUUAAACCCUUUGGACUCUUUAUAUUUUGAAUUGGCAACAUCCACAAGUACAAUCUGAUAUAAAAUGAUCAGUU